UGGCGCGGCCGCUGCGUCAGUCACAGCCCUGGCUGCGGGAGUCGAGCCGCCGUCGCCGCCGCCGCCAGCGGACGGGGCGGGGAUCCCGGUGCCAGGUCCUCGUCAGCCCGCCUCAGCCGGCCCUCCCGGCCUGGGCUCGACCGUCAUGGAGCGGGGCGGGACCUCCGCCUGUGCCGUGUGAGCUGCUUCGCCACCGCCUGCGCUUUUCGAGACCUCCCGAACCCUCGCCGCCGCCGCCGCCCGGAGCCCCUCGCCCUUGGCAGCCUGUCGCCGCCCCUCGGGCGGGCUCGAAUGCGCGUCCGGUGAAGGUGCAGGCCCGGCGCUGCCACUGCCGCAGCCGGGAGAUGGUUCGGGCCUAGCGGAGCCGGGACUGGAGGGUAUCUAGAGCAACAGCAAAGCUGAGGUCAAACUGCCAUAAGGAUGGACACCAAGGAAGCUGUGUUUGGGACAAAAGGAAAUCAAGAUAAGGUUGUGUCUCUCUUCGUAGCAACAUGAACCGUGAAGACCGGAAUGUGCUGCGUAUGAAAGAACGGGAAAGGCGGAAUCAGGAAAUUCAGCAGGGCGACGACGCCUUCCCACCUAGCUCUCCUCUCUUUGCUGAGCCAUACAAAGUUACUAGCAAAGAAGAUAAGCUGUCAAGUCGUAUUCAGAGUAUGCUUGGAAAUUACGAUGAAAUGAAGGAUUUCAUAGGAGACAGAUCUAUACCAAAGCUUGUUGCAAUUCCCAAGCCUACAGUACCGCCAACAGCAGAUGAAAAAUCAAACCCAAAUUUCUUUGAACAGAGACAUGGGAGCUCUCAUCAGAGCAGCAAAUGGACUCCAGUAGGACCUGCACCCAGCACUUCUCAGUCUCAAAAAAGGUCCUCGGGCUUACAGAGUGGACACAGUAGCCAGCGGGCCAGUGCAGGUAGCAGUGGUGGCUCUAAUAGUAGUGGCCAGAGGCAUGACCGUGACUCAUAUAGCAGUGGUGGGAGCAGUAGCCGGAAAAAAGGCCAGCAUGGAUCAGAACACUCCAAAUCACGCUCUUCCAGCCCUGGAAAACCCCAGGCUGUUUCUUCAUUAAGCUCCAGUCAUUCCAGGUCUCAUGGGAGUGAUCACCAUAGUAAGGAACACCAGCGUUCCAAAUCUCCUCGGGACCCUGACGCAAACUGGGAUUCUCCUUCCCGUGUACCUUUUUCAAGUGGGCAGCACUCAAAUCAGUCUUUCCCACCUUCCUUGAUGUCAAAGUCCAGCUCGAUGUUACAGAAACCCACUGCCUAUGUGCGACCCAUGGAUGGACAAGAAUCCAUGGAACCAAAGCUGUCCUCUGAACACUACAGCAGCCAAUCCCAUGGCAACAGUAUGACUGAACUGAAGCCCAGCAGCAAAGCACAUCUCACCAAGCUGAAAAUACCUUCCCAACCAUUGGAUGCAUCUGCUUCUGGUGAUGUAAGCUGUGUAGAUGAAAUUCUUAAAGAGAUGACGCAUUCAUGGCCUCCCCCUCUAACGGCUAUUCAUACACCAUGCAAAACAGAACCUUCCAAAUUUCCUUUUCCUACUAAGGAGUCUCAGCAGUCCAAUUUUGGUCCUGGAGAGCAAAAGAGAUAUAAUCCUUCUUCUAAAACUUCAAAUGGGCACCAGUCUAAAUCCAUGUUAAAAGAUGACUUAAAACUAAGCAGCAGUGAAGACAGUGAUGGAGAACAGGAUUGUGAUAAGACAAUGCCAAGGAGUACACCAGGAAGUAACUCUGAACCUUCACACCAUAAUAGUGAAGGGGCAGAUAACUCCAGGGAUGAUUCUAGCAGCCACAGUGGAUCUGAAAGCAGCUCUGGAUCUGACUCAGAGAGUGAAAGUAGUUCCAGCGACAGUGAGGCAAAUGAGCCGUCCCAGAGUGCAUCUCCUGAGCCUGAACCACCACCCACAAACAAGUGGCAACUUGAUAAUUGGUUGAAUAAAGUUAACCCACAUAAAGUGUCACCAGCUUCUUCUGUGGACAGUAAUAUUCCAUCAUCUCAAGGCUAUAAAAAGGAAGGCCGAGAACAGGGCACAGGGAAUAGCUACACGGAUCCAGCCGGUCCUAAAGAAACAAGUUCCGCUACUCCUGGACGAGACUCCAAAACUGUCCAAAAGGGAUCAGAAAGUGGGCGUGGGAGGCAGAAGUCGCCUGCACAGAGUGACAGCACAGCACAGAGGAGGACUGUAGGCAAAAAACAACCCAAAAAGGCAGAGAAGGCAGCUACGGAAGAGCCCCGUGGAGGCCUGAAGAUAGAAAGUGAAACCCCUAUAGACAUGGCCACCAGCAUGCCCUCCAGCAGGCACAAAGCAGCCACCAAAGGCUCAAGGAAACCCAACUUAAAAAAGGAGUCGAAAUCUUCCCCUCGACCUUCAGCAGAGAAAAAGAAAUAUAAGUCAACAAGUAAAUCUUCCCAGAAAUCAAGGGAAAUCAUAGAAACGGAUACCUCAUCCUCAGAUUCGGAUGAAAGCGAGAGCCUUCCUCCUUCCUCACAAACCCCUAAGUACCCUGAGAGUAAUAGGACUCCCGUUAAACCCUCCUCAGUGGAGGAAGAAGAAAGUUUUUUUCGGCAACGAAUGUUCUCUCCUAUGGAAGAGAAGGAACUUCUUUCACCCCUUAGUGAGCCUGAUGACAGGUACCCACUUAUUGUGAAGAUUGACCUGAAUCUUUUGACUAGAAUACCAGGAAAGCCUUACAAAGAAACCGAGCCACCCAAGGGGGAAAAGAAGAAUGUGCCAGAAAAGCACACAAGAGAAGCUCAGAAACAAGCCUCAGAUAAAGUGUCCAACAAAGGCAAGAGGAAACAUAAGAAUGAAGAUGAUAACCGAGCCAAUGAAAGCAAGAAACCCAAAACGGAGGACAAGAAUUCAGCAGGCCACAAGCCACCCAGCAGCAAAGAGUCAUCUAAACAGAGUACUGCAAAAGAAAAAGAUUUGUUGCCUUCUCCGGCUGGGCCUGUUUCUUCAAAAGAUCCAAAAACAGAGCAUGGCUCUCGGAAGAGGACUAUUAGUCAAUCUUCUUCCUUAAAGUCAAAUAAUAACAGCAGCAAGGAGAAUAGUGGCAGCAGCAAAAGCAGUUCCUCCACAUCAAAGCAGAAGAGGACUGAGGGGAAGACUUCCAGUAGCUCUAAGGAGGUCAAGGAAAAGGCUCCAAAUAGCUCUUCUAACUGCCCUCCAUCUACACCAACUCCUGAUGCUUCUAAGCCUCGGAGAACGAAGCUUGCCUUUGACGACAGAAAUUAUUCAGCAGACCAUUAUUUGCAAGAAGCAAAAAAACUGAAGCACAAUGCAGAUGCAUUGUCUGAUAGGUUUGAGAAAGCUGUAUACUAUCUUGAUGCUGUGGUAUCUUUCAUUGAAUGUGGGAAUGCAUUAGAGAAAAAUGCUCAGGAAUCCAAAUCCCCAUUCCUUAUGUAUUCUGAGACAGUGGAGCUCAUCAAGUAUACCAUGAAGCUAAAGAAUUACUUGGCACCAGAUGCUACAGCUGCAGAUAAAAGACUCACAGUACUUUGCCUGCGAUGCCAGUCUCUGCUGUACCUGAGGCUCUUCAAACUGAAGAAGGAAACUGCUCUGAAGUAUUCAAAGACGCUGACAGAGCACCUGAAGAAUUCCUAUAAUAAUUCUCAAGCGCCAUCACCAGGCUUAGGAAGCAAAGCUGUUGGGAUGCCCUCUCCUGUUUCUCCAAAGUUGUCGCCUGGCAAUUCGGGAAAUUAUUCCUCUGGGGCCAGUAGUGCCUCAGCAAGUGGUUCGUCAGUGACCAUUCCACAGAGGAUCCACCACAUGGCAGCCAGCUACGUUCAGGUUACAUCCAACUUCCUCUACGCUACUGAAAUUUGGGACCAAGCUGAACAGCUUUCCAAAGAGCAAAAAGAAUUCUUUGCUGAACUGGAUAAAGUAAUGGGCCCUCUCAUCUUUAACGCAAGCAUCAUGACAGACCUAGUUCGUUACACCCGGCAGGGACUGCACUGGCUUCGCCAGGACGCCAAGUUGAUAUCCUGAACUGAACACAUUAUUAUUGUUGCCUCUGGUUUUCUCCACAACACUGUGUCACAUCACGAAGGAAAACUGCCAUAACACACCACCUAGUCGACACUAAGAAUGAGGAAUGGUUUUCUCCUCCCUGGUUCAUGUGUUGUUUUUUAUUGCCCAAGCCAUCAAGUCAUUUGACCCCUUCAAUAUUCCCAAUAUGAAAAAUUAUUUAAAUGCUUCUAAAUCUGCAGCACACUGAUAAGAUGGUUUCAGUUAUCUAUAGUAAGAUUGAAACUUCCAUUGUAAUUCAUAACUAAUCAGUUGAAAUUCUAUUUAUUUUAAUUUUUAAACUUCCCAGAUUGGGGCUAGUUUGAGGUUAUUUCUGCCUAUAAAUUUACUCUGUUGAAUAUUUAGUGUAAAUUUAAUACAGGCGUUUUUAUUUAUAUACUUUGAGAGAUUUGUUACCUAAUAACGUCUUUUUGUGGUAGCUCUUCUAAGAGUAAGAGUUGGUUCAUCUAAAAUGUGGACAUAAUUCUUUCUACACCUACUACCUGGUAUUAUUUCAAAUCUUAACUACAAUUUUGUUAUUACAGAAUUUACACUUAGUACUAAGGAUAUUCUUCUAUAAAUGAAAAAUCACUUAAAUAGGAGAAGAUGGCAUUCUACGUGGCUGUGAGAUGAAAUGUGUCGGAUUUGGUAUGCAUUAUUUCGAGAACUGUGAACAUGUGUUAAUAACACUAUAGCAAUCACGAGGUGACUGUAACUUGCAUUUAAUGCAUUACAAAAGAGGGCAGGCAGACUUUCUAGGAGAAGCUUAUCAUUUGAAGGGUUUCAUAAAAGGACAAUCUUGAACUUUAUGGAUUUUAUUAAAACCAUGUGUUCCUUGUUACCAAUAAUUUGACACUUAAUUGAAACAUUUAAUUGCUAUUGAACAAAGGAUGAUCUCACUCCUGAGGGUAAAAAAAAAAAAAAAAUCUGUCUUCACAAUUCUAAUUUAAAAAUGUGUGCCCACACUAGGUUGUGAUGCUCCCAUAGGAGCAUGCAGGGACUGAUGCAGGACUGGGCUGGAGCCUUGGUGUGUGUGCUUGUGUUAUGCAACUUAGAGUUCUGAUGCCUGAUGUAGAGAUGAUGAAUUUCUCCUUUUAAACUUACCUUGUGUUUAUUGACUACCUUUGUUUUAUGAAGGCCCUCAUCAAUGAUGUAUGUUUCUGAUGGGAUCAGAAAACUCACACUAGAAAAGUACCUAACUUGGUUCAACAUGAGCUCUCUUCAGAGGGAAGGGGGAGCAGGGGUAGAGCUUAAGAAGCCAGCUCUGUAAGAGUUGUAUAUCGAAGUACCUUUCCCUAUAUAAGGUGCAUAUAGGAGUCAAAGGUGAUAAAUGUACCUUCUACUUUUUGUUUUUAGUGCCCCUAUCAUGUCUGGUGUGCCUUAAACCUUACCUUUAAAUGAAGAUUCUGUGGAUUGUUUACAGACGAAGUUUUACACUAGGACCAGAUCGCCCAUAUGGUUGGUCUUCCGCAGUAAUAAUGUUAAAUUCUCUUUCCUUUUCAGUCGUCCUUUAGGAUCACAUAGGGAUUAAUUCUUUCAGAAAAGUUAAUGCUUUGGUACAUGACUUAGUCUAACCUGUUGGGUAAUGCUGCUUCAAAAAAUACUUUGUCAUCCUUUCAAUUCCAAAAAUGAAUUCAGUCAGGAAAGAAAGAAAGAAAGAAAAAAAAGAUUGCCCUGCUAUUCAUAGAUAAUUGCUAAGGCUUGAAAUGGGAAAGAAGGGAUAGAAAAUCUCCAAGCCCAGUGGUGUCGUGAGUCCUCUGUGUCUGAGUCUCUUUCAUACUCAUUCUGAAGUCUGUGGACUUUGAUUGUCCUGUGGCCUCAUGGAACUUCUAUAGUGGUUUUGUACCUCAAGUUGUUUCCGCAUAUCACUGAAGAUUGAAAUCUGCAAGUACCGGUGAAUUUAACCAUUUCCCUUGGAGAAAUUGCCUCUGAUACCUUUCAAACUUUAAUCUUAGUGGUUUAUAAACAGUUUUCCAGUGGUUUAUAAACAGUUUUCCUUACGAGGACAGCUGCUCAAUGAUCCUGGUAGCUACUCAGUGAGAAACUUGCCGCGGUUAAGUAGAUGUUUGUCCUCAUCUUCUUUAAUUUCUCUGACUCUGACUCCUUAAUUUUCAGUGAUAUCUUAGAAAUUGAAAAUGUAUCCUCUCAGCUUUCAGACUUCCAGCAACAGCAGCCGGGGCGGCACUUCUGAGUUCAAGUGUGUUCUCGUCUUUUGUGGGUACUGAAAGGUUGCAGGAGCAUUUCCUGGAUCACACUGAUCAUUUGUUAAAGCAGAAUUUCCUGCAUGUUUUACGGUGCUGCUCUAAAAUUCUUUCUCUAAAACAGUUAAUUCUUGGAAAAUGACUUUUUCAAGCUUUUUGUUGUGGGGGGUUUUUCCCAUCAGGUCAUAAUGGGUAAUGGAUCAAAAUCUUUUUCUGAAUAAUUGAAUUUUCAGUGGAAUGGUCUGGAAACACCAUCCCAUUCCUCUGUAUCCAUACCCUCAGAAGUUUUGUCUUCAUCUGCUCCAGUGCAUUUGAACGCCUUCAUAGACAACCAUUCCUCCUCCUUCAAUAGGUGUCUUCAGUGUUGUCUAACCGUUUAAAACUGAAUUUGACAAAUGGCUAACAACUUACUUAGUCUGAAACUUGUAUUUAAUAGAUCGUUAAUUAUAAAAAUAGCAGCUAUUUAAAAAAUUACUCUGUUGACUGCUCUAAAACCACACUUGUAUGCCAGGAGGCAAAAGCCAGCACCACUGGACUCUUUACAGGCACCCAAUGAACAGAUUACAGUGGAUGAAGUUUUCACACAGUGUAGUCUUGCCCAGCCUGGGCUGGGCUGUGGGGAGCUCUCCCCUCCAGGCAAUUCAGGCUCCCACAGUCCAGCCCAGGUCCUGUCUGGCUGGGGAGCAUUUAGCCCGUUUCUUGCCUCAGUGCUACCUUUUUCUGGGCAAGUAGUGAAGAACUGCCUUUAUCAGCAGCAAAUACUUGAGAUAAAUUUACAGCUGUAGUCACUGAAGAGUAGAGAAGGUUGACUCACUGGUUUCACUCUCCAGUGUAAAAGCUGUUUAAAGUAACACGUGUGCACGCGCCGACACGUGCCUGUGCUCUGGGGCACUCUUGCCCUCAUGGACCCACAGACACCUGGGCUGCACUUUGAACGACACACUCGUGGCUUUAUUGGGUUCACUGUUGUUGUUUUUUAAUUGUUGUUUGUUUCUUUUCAUUAAAGAAAGGUUUAAUCAGCUAGAGCAGACAGCAUCGUGUUGUAUUUAAUGAGAGAAACGUUGAGAAAUUACCUUUAUUGAAUAAGCUCGCAUUGUGAAGCAAAGGCCUGCAAAAACGCACCUGUUCUAAAGGAAAGUUCUGGCUCUGGAGGCCGACAGUACUCUGCGGGGUUUCAGAGCAGCCCGUGGUGGCGCCAGUCAGCAAUGCCUGGUUGUGUAGAGGAGAGGUACACUGUGCACUCUUCUGAGGGCGAGGGUAUGCAGCUUCGGAUUUAAAAUUAUGUACACAUACACACUUUAUAUAUAUGUAUGUAUGUAUGUAUGAAAACAUGAAAUUAGUUUGUCAAAAAUGUGUGUGUUUAGUAUUUUAGCUUAGUGCAACUAUUUCCACAUUAUUUAUUAAAUUGAUCUAAGACACUUUCUUGUUGACACCUUGAAUAUUAAUGUUCAAGGGUGCAAUGUGUGUUCCUUUUAGAUUGUUAAAGCUUAAUUACUAUGAUUUGUAGUAAAUUAACUUUAUAUUUGAGCCCUUCCGUAGUAAUAAUGGGGCUCUCACAGGGUGGGAAGAAUUUAAAUUUUCCUCUUGCUAAUUGAAGAAAAUGGCCUCAUUAUGUAUUUUGAAUUAUAAAAGUUUGCCUCUGGGCCCCAGGAACAUCUACUGGGAAUGAUGUUUUAGGCAGAUUGUGUAAAGUUUGGUUUUGUUUUUUGGUUUUGUUUUUGUCUUUUCUUUUAUCCUAAAUAAAUUGGAAAGCAAAACAUGUCAAAUCCAUAUAACUGCUAUAAUUCAUAUUCCCUCAUUAUGUGGAACACAGAUUUUAUUUCAGUUUCAUGUAUCUAUGUUGGAGGGGCAGACUUUUUUCCAAUUAUAAAUAAUACUGCACAUCUAAGGUUGCUAUUCAGUAAACAUAAAUAGAAAAGUGUUGAAUGACUUGGAAUAUGCAGUGACAAGAGGCCAAAUUGGUCAUGUUUGUGAACAUAUCUUCCACAUAUUCACUAAUAGAGAAAUUCAUUUUAGACUUCUAGACCCUAGAACCAAGCUGACAAAUGACAGGAAGUAAGUUAUUAACAGUUGGCAAAACAGAUGCAGAUUCUAUUCACUUGAACCCUCUGGUUAAUUAGAAAGAACUUACUGUCUCUAGAAAAGCAAAUGGAAAAAAUAUCUCCAUCUCUUCUUUCUGAUGGAAUUUGGUCACAGAAUAAGGCACUGAGGUCAAGUCUUACACCAGGUCCUCUAGAUCUCCAAGCAACCUAAAAUAGCAGUUGACUUUCAGGAAUGUCAGCUUUGACCUCUCCUUGCCACCAUUGCUCAGCUAAGCAUGCAUUCCCAUUCUUAAAAAGAAGCAGACAGAAAAACUCUCUAAAUGAGCAUCGGGAAAACGCUCCCACCCAGAAAUUCUAGUAAUACUCAGUUUUGACCUCUUACUGCUUCCCUGUGGGGCUGCUUUUCAGCUUUUACCAUUGGAGAUUUCUACCUGCUAUGUUCCUCUCUGGAAAAUAUCUCUUUGGAAAUGCUGCCUUGCAAAUCAAUGCCAUGAUUAUCCAUACUGUUGAGUUUGUUGUUGCUGUUCCAGAAGUGUCCCCAUCUUAUAACUUUAUCCACACACCUGGCAUAUCAUUGACAUGAGCAUUCAACAGUACUGGGGUCAGGGUGGGGUGGGGCGGGGUGGGGCAGGGCUCACCAACAGAGCUGGCCCGGUUGGUAGUGCCUGCAGAGGCAUCACCUUUGAGGGCCAGGUGUGGGGUUGGUAAGCACAGUUAGGAAAAUUUCUAUCUAGCCUCCGUUUUGAAUGGUUUUAAGAAAUUUUGUAUAUGGAGGAUAGAAAUGCUUAUAUAUUUAUUGAAAAUCCUUUUAUCUUAUUUGAAAUUAAAAUUAUUUGGUGAAUACUGGUUUGAUAGUUGGGGAGGGUUUUGGAGGGGAGGUAAUGCCGCUGAUAAAUUAAAAAGCCUUGUUGAUUCUGCAGAAAGGUACUGUUAGUGUCUGAUAGGAUGCCUUUGUUUUGUACAUGAUCCAGAUCUUUGUUUUACAUUUCUCUUAUCCAAAAUAUUUAGGCAUCUGACAUUUUCAACCAAAAUUUCAAUUAUAUACUGUGAUUUUUUUAUUUGUUGCAAUACAUUAAAAAUAUCAGAGGUACUUUGGGGCUCAAAAGCUAGGAUUUCUAAGUCAGUAUGUGCAUUUCACAUAAUAAAGCUGUUAAUGGUGAGCAAAGUAUUAUAUACUAACUAGAUUUUUCCACAUCUGUAUAGUAUAUUAUAUGUAUUUUGUGGUAUUGAGAUUAUAGAACGUUUAGAGUGUCAAACAUGCGUUUAAUGUGUAUUUUUAAACAAAUUUAUGGCAAUUAAAAUAUUUGGAGACAAGGGUAUCACAUUUCAAUUUGUAAAGAUCUUUUUAACUCUACUGUGUCAUUAAGAUGCUUUGUAUAAUGCCAAACCAUAGCUGGAGAAACCAAGUUUAAUAAAUAUCAAAUAGAUUUUCUGUAUUAAAGUUUAUAAACACUGUGCUCUCUA